UAUUGUGUUUGUUAAGACUGCAUGUAAAGUAGUUGGCCCAAUAUAGAAGGAGAACUACUUACUCGAGGGUGUAUUCUUAUCUCUCUAUCGAACGAAAUAUCUUAUUGCCCUCUCAACAAACAAACAUGGGCAGAAAAUUAUGUCUGUGGUGGGGCUACUACGUCGUCUUCCUCAGUGCUUUUAUCGUUGAACUUGUCAACUGCAGUAGAGCCCAGCAAACUUCCCGCUUCUCUGCUUAUGAGGUGACCGUACCAAAACAAAUAGCACGACAGAGGAGAGACCUGGAUAACCAAGACACAGGGGAGAUGUCUUACACCAUCCAAGCCCAAGGCAAGGAGCAUGUCCUGGUUCUGAAGAGGAAUAAGCUCCUACUCCACAGGGAUUUCACUGUUUACACAUAUGACACAAAUGGCUCCCUUAUCAGUGAAAGACCCGACAUGCAGAAUCACUGCCACUACAGAGGCCAUGUGGAGGAUGUUGAGUUUUCAUCUGUGUCUGUCAGCCUUUGCUCUGGACUCAAUGGAUUCCUGAAGAUAGGGAAUGCCACUCUAGGGAUUGAGCCUCUGGAGGGCUCCUCUAACUUUGAGCAUGUGGUGUACCGCUUGGAGGAUGAGGAGCCGGAACCUCUCAACGGCAGAACCCCUCACACCCAUCACCAUGAUGACAACGACAGUAUUUCCACUGACCAAACUAUCGUCCACUCUCACAGUGAUAUAUCUGGGCACCCAGACAGGCAUUUACUCAGAAGGAGGCGAGCGGUAAUGCAGCAGACUCACUACGUGGAGCUGAUAAUAGUGGUGGAUAAUACAACUUACAUAGCACUGGAGAGUAAUGUAACCCGGGUUCAAGACCAUAUGAUACGAGUUGCAGAUCGCGUAGAUAGUAUGUAUGAGCAGCUGAACAUCCGUGUGGUGUUGGUGGGGCUGGAGAUCUGGACGGCAGGGAACCUCAUCACUGUGAAUGCCAAGAAUCCUGGGAGAAUAGUAUCAAACUUCCAGAAGUGGAGGAGGAACAAUCUGCUGCCCCGACAUCACCAUGACAACGCUCAAUUUGUUACGAGACCUUUAGGAGCUCUUGGCUAUGGCUCCAUGUCCACUAUCUGCAGCCCUGACAGUGCUGCAAUAAACAUGCACCGCCGUGUAAGCGGCCUCUCACGGACCAUGGCCCAUGAACUGGGCCACAACCUGGGCAUGUUUCAUGACAAUAAGAACUGCUACUGCUCAGCCAGAGUGUGCGUCAUGUAUGCCCGUGGAAAAUGUGGAAGCUCAUGUGACGAUAAUGUGUUUAGCGAAUGCAGUGCUAAUGGCUUUCGGAAAUUGAUGGAGCGACUGGGCAACAGGAACUGUCUCCUCAAUGUGCCACAGGCAGAGGACAUCUACAGCACCCCCCACUGUGGCAACAACCUGCUGGACCCAGGCGAGGAGUGUGACUGUGGUUCUGAAGAGGAGUGCAAGAAGGACCCGUGCUGUGAGCCAAACACCUGUAAGCUGAAGUCUGGGGCUCAGUGUGCUGAUAGGGAAUGCUGCAGGAACUGUAAAUUCCUGCCAGCAAGGUCUGAGUGCCGCGGCCGGUCAGAUGAGUGUGACCUUCCUGAAUACUGCAGCGGCUCGUCUGCUGUCUGCCCGGCUGAUAUCUUUGUGCAGAACGGACAUCUCUGCAGGAACAACCAAUCAUAUUGCUACAAUGGCAAUUGCCAGCACCAUGAUGAACAGUGCAAGGCCUUGUUUGGUUCUCAGGCAAAGUCUGCUGCUGAUAUAUGUUAUCAGGUUGUGAACCGUGGUGGGAACUGCUGUGACAAAAAGAAGUGUAAUGACAGCAGCAAUGCUAAGUGUGGGAAGCUACAGUGUGACAAUGUGAACUUGGGCACCAUGGUUGAAACACAAGGACAGGCCAUCAUCUCAACCACCAUCGAUCAGAACAAGUGCUGGGGGGUGAUCAGGCCUGAUGUGCCUGAUCUGGGCAUGGUGAACGACGGAACAAAGUGUGGGGAGGAGAGGGUGUGCUUCAAUAAUGAAUGCAGAGACGUAUCGGAGCUCAAGUACGACUGUGAAAUGGAGGACAAAUGCCAUGGCCAUGGGGUCUGUAACAGCAACAGGAACUGCCACUGUGAUUACGGAUGGGCUCCACCAUUCUGUAAGGAGAAGGGCUAUGGGGGCAGCAUUGAUAAUGGCCCUGCGAGAAAUGGCUCCGUACAGUAGUGACACACAUGAGGCCUCAGUGACCACCACCUCCUCCUCCUCCUAUAUAGCACUCACCCUACCAAGGCAAAGGUGACUGCGGAAAUAUGGGUGUUGGACAGGCAGAUGAGAACCGGCAGUUGUGUCUCAGUGAAAAUGUCAAAGAUUAUGCAGAACGUUAUACUAUAUUUAAA